CAUUUCCUGCUCUUCCACUCUCCUCACUCUUUCUCUCUCUCUCUCUCUCUUAAAAAAAAAAAACACAAUGGCUCAAAAAAGCAUCAGAACAACACCACCACUUCUGCUUACUAUCUUCACUCUCUCUCUCUUAACUUCCCCAUCUUUUUCUCUCUCUUACACUUACACUUACAACUCCCUUGAUGUCUCCUCUUCCAUCCGCUCUACUCUCAAUGUCUUUUCAAUUCAACAACAAGAACAACAAGUCACCCUGUCUAAGAAUAAGAAACAUGCAAUUGCAAAGCCUUAUAACUCAAGUUCUACAGUACUCUCACUCAAAAUCCACCCUCGCAUGUCUCUCCACGCGCACCACCACCAGCAGCACCAGCAAGACACAGACUACAAUACCCUCACCAAGCUACGCCUCGCUCGGGACUCCGCUAGAGUGGACUCUCUUAUCACUCGAGCAGAGCUAGCCAUCCGAGGCGUAUCCCGCUCCGACUUAAAGCCAGUUGAAAAGUACAUCAGUCCCAUGGAUUUAGAAGCCCCUGUUUCAUCAGGGACUAGUUUAGGCUCUGGAGAGUAUUUCUCCCGUGUUGGGGUGGGGUCCCCUUCAAAGGAUUUCUUCAUGGUCAUUGAUACUGGGAGUGAUAUUAGCUGGCUUCAAUGUGAGCCUUGCUCUGACUGUUACCAACAAACUGACCCUAUCUUCUCUCCUACUUCCUCUUCCACAUACUCUCCUCUCACGUGCAACACACACGAGUGUUCUACUCUCGAGGUCAGCGCGUGCCGUAAUAGCGCGUGUCUUUACCAGGUCUCUUAUGGUGAUGGGUCCUACACCGUCGGAAACUUCGUCACUGAAACGGUGUCGUUUGGUACUUCUGGGAGAGUCCCUAAAGUUGCCAUCGGUUGCGGCCACGACAACGAAGGUUUAUUCGUAGGUGCUGCUGGACUUUUGGGCCUAGGUGGUGGGCCCCUUUCUUUACCCUCUCAGAUCAAAGCGACAUCGUUUUCUUACUGCUUAGUCGACCGUGACUCGUCCAAAUCGUCUUCUCUCGAGUUUAACUCAGUCAAACCCGCCGACUCAGUCACUGCCCCACUUUUGAAGAACUCUCGAGUGAACACAUUCUACUACGUGGCGCUCUCUGGAUUCAGCGUAGGAGGUCAGCAGAUCUCUAUCCCACCAUCUCUCUUCAACAUGGACGAGUCAGGUUCAGGUGGCGUAAUUGUCGACUCAGGAACCGCUGUAACUCGGUUACCAACUCAGGCUUACAACUCGCUCCGCAACGCGUUCACUCGGUUAACGCAGCACCUCACCUCCGCAUCAGCUGUCGCACUUUUCGACACGUGCUAUGAUUUCUCCUCCAUGAGCAGCGUUAAAGUUCCGACGGUGGCGCUUCACUUUUCCGGCGGACAAACGUUGGAUUUACCGGCGAAGAAUUAUUUAAUUCCGGUGGAUUCUUCUGGAACUUAUUGCUUUGCGUUUGCUGAAACGACGUCGUCGAUGUCCAUCAUUGGGAACGUACAACAACAAGGGAUACGUGUUCAUUACGACCUUGCUAGAUCUCAAGUGGCUUUUUCGGCGAAUAAUUGCUAACGCCACUACUUACUACUACCAUACCCUGAAACCAGUGGUGUUGUGUUAAUUUAAUUGACGUGCCAUAAAUUUAAUAAUUGUAUAAUUACGGUUUUAUCCUUGGUAGUUGAGUGGAAUUACUAUGUAGGUUUUGAAAAGAAUUAGAUUCCCUGGUUGUUGGGUAAGUGUAAAAGCAGAAGGGGGGGACCCACAUGGAUAAUAAGUAGUGAAUGUGGGGGGUGCAUGGAUAUUGACGGGUUUGUAUUUACUUUACUGUCACAACUCACAACUAAUACUUCCUGUUGGAGUAAUUGUCCAUUAGUGAUGAUAUUGUAGUAAUUUUAGUGAAUUUUUUUUUUUUGGUUUAUGUUUUUUUAGUUAAUUAUAUAAUUGAGAUUUGAGAGAAUUUGGUGAAAUUCUCUGUAGGAUUGUUGAUUUGUUAUAAAAAUCUAGUUGUUUGUAGA